UCGCCGUUGACCUCUAUUAAGGAUAAAACUCGCGUCGUUCCUAGCUUUGGUCUUGAAAAUGGUGGUGUAAAAACGCAAUUUCGUAGCAGAGGAAGAAGCAUUUCUCACGGUAAACAUGAACAUG